UGGUCUGACACGCGAGCACCACUGUAUAAUUUGUAAAUUGGGAGGAUAUACUUGAAUCGGUAGCAUGUUUCCUUCGGACACUAAACAUGUUACACUUAAAAGGGUUGGACAAAAUGGCGGCUUUCAGAUGGUGGCUUACGAUGUCUGAUUUGACACGUAACUGGGUGGUUGUGUGAUAUCAAGGCAAGUCAAGUUGUCACGAAAGGGUCAUGCAAGGACAAGAGGGAUGAUAUCUCGGUGCAUUAGAGAGGCUUUUUAGAAUAUUUCACGCGUGGGUUUCCCUUACUUGCCCCUGGGCUGGAGCACUUUGUAGUACUCCAACACAUCCCGUCGGGAGGAUGGCAGAGGGGCAGAAAUCGGGCGGUGCAGAGACUUGUAUAUUCGCUGGAUCGAACGGGCACAACGGAGGCAGAGAAGAUGCCCGCCUGAAUGGCUUGGACAGGAACCACGUCGAAAAAUCCUCAGGAAUUGCCAGAGUAGCGAUGGACAUGAAGCACAAGUGCGCCGCCUAUGUCCUGGCCCUCCGUCCGUGGAGUUUUAGUGCCUCGCUGACACCUGUGGCCCUGGGCAGUGCGCUGGCCUACAAGUCAGAGGGGACGGUGGACUUUGUGAUCCUGUUGGUGUGUGCUGUGGCUGUACUGGUGGUUCAUGGCGCCGGGAACCUGGUGAACACCUACUACGAUUUCUCCAAGGGCAUUGACCACAAGAAGAGCGACGAUAGGACACUGGUGGAUCAGAUCCUGGAGCCCCAGGAUGUUGUCAUGUUUGGAGCUGUGCUCUACUCCCUCGGGUGCUUGUGUGCGACUCUUCUGUUUUACCUGUCCGCACUGAGGUUGGAGCACCUGGCCCUCAUUUACUUUGGGGGGCUCUCCAGCUCCUUCCUUUAUACCGGAGGUAUUGGGCUGAAAUAUGUUGCCCUGGGGGACGUGGUGAUCCUGAUUACCUUUGGCCCCCUCGCGGUCAUGUUUGCCCACGCGGUGCAGGUGGGUCACCUGUCCGUGCUGCCCCUGGUCUACGCCGUCCCGCUGGCCCUGAACACCGAGGCCAUCCUGCACAGCAACAACACGCGAGACAUGGACUCGGACAAGCAGGCGGGCAUCGUCACCCUGGCCAUCCUCAUCGGGCCCACGCUGUCCUACGUGCUGUUCAACCUCCUACUCUUCGUCCCGUACGUCCUCUUCUGCAUCCUGGCCACCCGCUACACCAUCAGCAUGGCCCUGCCCCUGCUCACCCUCCCCAUGGCUUUCCCGCUGGAGAAGCAGUUCCGCAGCCAGUGCUACUCCAAAAUCCCCCAGAAAACCGCAAAACUCAACCUCCUGAUGGGGCUCUUCUACGUCUUUGGGAUAAUAUUGUCACCGCGAGGCAGUUUGCCGCGCCUGUGAAUUCAUCUUCGGUUUUUUUUUGGGGUUUUUUUUUUUUUUGUCGUCGUUCUAGUACAGCAGCGGUUCCCAACUGUGUUCCUGGAGAUAUGCUGUCCUGUAGGUUUUUCAUAUCAACCCAAAUCUGGCACGCCUGAUUCUGCUAAUCGGCAUCUCUUGGAGAUCUGUAGCUGUUGAAUGGGGUGUGCUUUCUUAGGGUUGGGGUAAAAACCUACAGGACAGUAGAUCUCCAGGAGCAGGGUUGGGGACCACUGUAGUACAGAGUAGAUUAGAUUACAUGCAUCAGUGUAUUUAUUCUGAUUUAUUUGUGCGGUUUAACGGCUUUAAUUUAUUGUUUUGUUUAAAUUGUAUUUCAGGACAGAUGUAAACCCUUUACUGGUGUUUAACCAAUUUUGUUUAUAUAUAUAUCACCAGGUUUGUCAAUUUUGUUAUAGCUUACCACCGGGUUUGUUAUUGUUUUAACAUUGCACAUACAAGAUGUAAUGUGGUGUAUGAGAAGUGUUAACAACCCUUUUCAGUACUAGAUUAACAGACUGCAGGUCUUGAGAUUUUUUUAACAAGGCUAUGCUCUCUGUUCUUUCACAAAAAGUAUUAUGAAUCUUUAAACACACAAACAUUGCAGUCAUUGCUACUAGUUGUUGACAAGAUUAAAAAGCAACUAAUUUAUUUUUUAAAUGCAUUGUCUCAAAAAGGUAGCACAUGCCAUAGUACUAUUAGACAUACCGUGUUCAGUGUUUGGGCCCUUCCUGAAAUCUACAUACUGUUGUGGAUUUGAAGGAAAAAAAUUGUAAUGGUUAUUUUAAUUGAGUUAGGUUUGUGUUUUGGCGGCCUAUGACCUUAGCGUGUCAUACGUACAGUCAGAAAAUCUGACAACACUUGUUUCUUCAGUCUUGUACAUAUAGGGCCUGUCACGAUGGAGGAAACCAGUUUAGCUCAAAUUUAGUUUAACUACAGAAACACCAGUCUGUGGGUCAGUCUUGUUCUUUCAUUUUGUGUAGCUUUUGCAUAAUUUACUGUGUUGCAUACAAAGGGAGCGGUUUGCAAUAAGAUCAAAUUUGAGACCCAAAAUAGACCUGCAGUUAGAAAAUAACCUUUGGGACAUUCCUUAAAAAUGUGCAUCUACAAAAUUGAACAAAAUGAAGAAUGUCAAAUGGAGCAAUUACCCAAUCACAUUUUAUAAGAUGUACUUCAGAGGGUAAUUGCAUUUGAAUACAGGUACUUCAGGUUGUAUAGCAGCAGCUAACAUUUUCUCAGCUGCAGGUAAAGGGAUUGCUUGCUAUAACAUUAAAAUACACUUUUAAGACCCAAAAUUAACCGAGAACAGAAUAUGAAACUGUGACAUUCCUUGGAAUACUUGUGUACCUGUCAAAUUGUACCAAACGCAGAAAGUCAGAUGACUACAUGCUGGUUGGUGAUAAUUUUUCAGCUACCCCUUUGCCCUGGAAGUUUUGUUCAGUUUUGUGAUGCGGUAAUCCGUCCAAAAACAUUUGCAAGACUUGAAAAUUCAAAAUUGCCAAUAAUUACAUGUAGGCUGUUUGAUCUGUCAGUCUCUCUACAUGGGUAAUUUAUAUAUAGUGAGCCAGAGUUGUGUUUUUCUAAAGUUGAACAGAUGUUUUUUAUACUGAAUUGUAACACUUGAUUUUCCCUUUGUUCAUUUCAGAUUUAUUUGAUGGGGAAUACAGAAAAAUAAUAAUACGCCAUUUUGUUUUCUUGAACAGCAUCGAAUUUUAUAGCUUUUUUUUUUUCUUUCAUUGCACCAACUGAUCUAUCAGCACCCCUCUCAAAAACAAAAAAAAAACAAAACAAUAAA